AGGUGAUAAAAAUAAUUAAAUACGAUAGGAAAUGGAGUUGAUGAGAUUUGGAAAUGAUAAAGCUGAGAACAAUUGAUACAUAAAUUCAGUCCUACAUAUUUAUCUCCGGAUCCCGAAGGUCAAAGAAGGAUUGCAGAGGAUGCUCUCCCGAACACCAAAAGGGCAAGAUAAGCUUGAGCUACAAUCCUCCGGGAGUGAAAUUAAUCAAAGCUUCACAGAAUUGAUGAAAGUUGCGGAGAAAGCGUAUGAAGAAUCUGAUGAGAUCGUGCCAAUGGAAGCUUUUCGCAAGUCACUUGACAGUGAUUACCCUAAUACUUUCAAGUUUGGGGCUGCAGGGGACUCCCAAAUCUUCUUUAGCUGGCUUUAUCAAUCAUUCACACAAAAUUUGCCUGGAAGACAAGAAAUUUCGGAGAUUAUUAAAGAUACCUUUGAGAUGGAGAUUAUAAUGUUUGGAUUUCAUAAUGAGUCACUCUUUGAUAAUGAAGCUAAGAAAUCCUUUUUGUAUCCUGUAUCAAUGCAUACAAUGAUUCCAGAGCUUGAGAGGAGGUAUUCAAAAUUCCCAGAAGACCUUUUGAAAAACGUCCAUGGAAAUUUCAUAAAAUUAGUGAAGGCUACAUCCUGCUAUACAAAACCUGAACAAGAGGAAGCUCUCAGAUCUAUCUGUAGAGGAACUGAGAUGCCUAAAAUUUCUAUUUCUAUUGACUUCCUUCAGCCGCCUAAGUUGAUGACUUUCUAUUUGGAGUACCAAGACUAUUUUGACAACGUAAAUACGACGCAAUUGCUGAAGGAAGAUGAAGUAAUUGAGGACUCUUUUGCUACCAGAGUCAAGAUGAUCCACCUACUUCCCCAAGAGUUUAGCCUAGAUCUCCUCUGUCAAGAUACCCAUACUGAUCAAGAGGAAUGAAACCUAGAAGUCAGCUUUGAUUCGUAUACCGAUAAUCCACAGAAUGUUUUCUACACAUUCAAAUCCUUCAUUGGAUACUAUGGUUGCCACUAUAUGUCAUUUACCUUCGAAGAGGAUACUUGGUUCCUUUGUGAAGACACAAAAAUCAAGGCUAUUGGUGACUUUGAAGAAAUGCAGACUUACAUUGAAAAAUGCAAGAUCAUACCCUACCUGGUGUUUUACGAGAGAGUAUACAGAAAGGCUGAAGAUAACCUAGUAAAACUCGAACUCUCUACUGAGUGAACCAACGACUGGGAGGUAUCGAGUAUUGAUAAAAAGGAGGCCACAUUACUAAAGAACAGCAUGAGGAAAUCCAGCUUUAAUCCUCAUCUCUUGCAUACUCUUCGAGAGAACCAGAAGGAGAGCGACGAUGAAUCCGAAUAUUAUGAAAACAAAAAUGGCUACGAAUACGACAGCGACGAUGGAGAACUUUACUGUAGUAUUUAUAAAGGCUAUCAGUACUGAAGAAGAGGCAAAUCAAAGGUAUAUAAAGAAGAUGAGAGUGUCGAUAAUCUUCUGAAACCUAACCAAUACCGUGAAUUAGUCAAAGAUAGAAGAAGUAUGAAAGGAACUCUUCACAAGUUCGAUUAAGUAUCAAAACUCAAUUGGAAGCUUGCUAUUUGUUAGCUUUCAUUAAAUUAAUAUAAAUAUUAUGAAGAGUUAAAUAAUUGAUAUCAACUGCUAUU